CUCUCUGUCAGCGACCGGAGCGGAGCGCUUCACAACUGAACCAAAGACCUCUCCAAAAAACCCCCCCCAAAAAAAAUGAACAACGAGUACGACCUGGUGACGGAGGAGAAGAGAGCGGACAGCCCGGAUAAAGAGGAACCCAAGUACGACAACCCGAUAGAGAUGAUCGAGCAAGUGUACAGCGAGAUCCAGGUGCACGCGUCCGAGGAUGGGGACCAGAACGGACGGGCGCGGGACAGGGCUUCCUCUUCUUCAUCUUCUUCGUCUGAUGAGGGGGAGAAGAAGGAGAAGGAGGAGGAGGAGGAGGAGAAGUCGGUGACGGUGGUGCUGGAAAUUACGCCCGAGACUCCUGUGCAAACUUUAGAGGAGGUGAACGCCAACUGUGAAGAACACAAAGAGGAACCUGAGGAGCACCAUGAGGAACACCACGAAGAGCAAAACCAGUCCAGCUCUAGAAGAUCUUCCACAUCUUCUUCGUCCUCGGCCUCCGCGGCGGACCCUACCCCCUGCGUCGAGCCCCCCCACGAGGAGACCAAAGCCGCGGAGGAGCCGGUGACGCUGCAGGCAGAAGAACUUAAAGCUGAAGACCCAGUAGACCACGGCGUCCAGACUCUGGAGAACAUCACGCUGGACGAGGACAGCGCGGCGCCGGACGACCCCACGCAGCCUGAUAUCUCACUGUUUGUCAAGGCGGGCAGUGAUGGAGAGAGCAUUGGAAACUGUCCGUUCUCUCAGCGUCUCUUCAUGAUCCUGUGGCUCAAAGGAGUCGUGUUCAACGUGACCACCGUCGACCUCAAGAGAAAACCAGCAGAUCUUCAUAACCUGGCUCCGGGCACACAUCCUCCUUUCCUCACCUUUAAUGGAGAAGUCAAAACCGACGUCAACAAGAUCGAGGAGUUUCUGGAGGAGACGCUGAGUCCUCCCAAGUAUCCCAAACUGGCAGCCAGACAGAGAGAGUCCAAUACUGCUGGAAAUGACAUCUUUGCCAAGUUCUCGGCCUACAUCAAGAACACCAAACCAGAGGCGAAUGCGGUUCUGGAGAAAGGCCUGACCAAAGCCCUACAGAAGCUGGACGAUUACCUGUGCAGCCCCCUGCCCGAGGAGAUCGACGCUGACAGCAUGGAGGAGGAGAAGAGCUCCAACCGACAGUUCCUGGACGGGAAUGAUCUGACUCUAGCAGACUGCAACCUGCUGCCCAAACUGCACAUAGUCAAGGUUGUGGCGAAGAAGUAUCGUAACUAUGACAUCCCGUCUGCGAUGAGCGGAGUUUGGCGUUACCUGAAAAACGCCUACACACGAGACGAGUUCACCAACACCUGCGCUGCCGAGUCUGAGAUCGAGACCGCCUACAAGGACGUGGCCCGGAGACUGGCCAAGUGAACACACCACGAAUCAUCUACGAUCCAUCUGACCAACGAAAACACGGAAAACAAGACACAAGUGAUGAACAAAAACACAAAACAUCUGCCACAAUAUUGAACUGUCUACUGAACAAAAGAAGUUAGUGAUGGAUCUACCGCGCUGUAAAAAGGAAUAUCUGAAGUUUGAAGGUGCACUGUGUAACUUUUUGGUUGGAGAUGUCAUUGCUCUUCCUGGAAUGUUCCACAAUGUGACAAUAAACAGCUCUACCUGACAUUUAUUGAAAUUACAGGUGGUUUUAUAGCUCAAAAAACUAAUAAAAACAGAGAUUCUGACUGCGAAAAGAGGCGUCUGUCCACAGAUCUGACCUGUAACUUGGUCUUGUUUGGUCUCCACGGCAAUAGAAAGGUUUAAUACAAUACUGCGGGACAUUCCAGACAAAGCAAUAACAUCUCCAUGGAGAAAAGCAUUUGACGCACCCUCCACCAGAAAAGUUUCACAAUACACCUUUAAAGAGGGCUUUCACUCUUCUGUGGGGUAUGAAUCGUUAACACAAGACAUAUUUAGAUCACCAUGUUACCUUUUAUUGUUUCGAAAAUGCUCUAUCAGCCAAAAAUAUUAAUUACGUUGAAUUAGUUAGUUUCUUCUUGACGCUCUGAUGUUUGAUGAAAGAACAAGGUUAUAGUAUGAUAGAAAGCUCCAAAAAGUCCGUUUAAAAUAUUACCUCCUCUUUAAAUUACGUAAAU